AUGUCGGAGGGAACCAAGGAGCCCGAUGGUGGCGAGGAGAAGGUGGUUCUCAAGACCCACGACGGCCAGGAGUUUACCGUGGACAUGGCCACCGCCAACCGAUCCGGUACACUCAAGAACCUCCUCUCGGAAGUCGGUGGCAGCAGCGACAACCCGCAAGUGAUCCCCCUCCCGAGUAGCAUCACCAGCCCGGUGCUCGGCAAGGUGGUGGAGUACUGCCAGCGGCACGCGGGCGGCGGCGGCGGCACGGGGGGCGUGCAAGCGCUGGAGCAAUUCGACGAGGAGUUGGUGGAGCUCGACAAGGACAUGCUGUUGGACGUCACCUACGCAGCCGCGUUCCUCGACGUGCCGCGGCUGCUCGACCUCACCAGCCAGGCCGUGGCCGACGCCAUCAAGAAGAUGUCCGUGGAGGAAGUCAGGCACUACUUCGGCGUCGUCUCCGACUUCACCGAAGAGGAAGAGAAGGUGAUUCGGAGCGAGUGUCCCUGGGCCUUCGAAUGA